CUUAUCACUUGUGUUCCAACAAAUACAGCCAUUACAAAUAUUGUAAUUAUCAAACGCAAAUAUGACAAAACAUUUUGCGUUUUAUUAUUUUUUUCUUAAGUCACUUAAAUCAGUAUUUUUCAACUGAACAAUAUUUGCAGUGAUUGUGGUAAUAUAAUAUUCCCAAAACUAGACAAAUUACACACAACUUUUUUAAUUUACUUUUCAAUAUGGUGUGGUAAAAUCAAGGGUUAAUUUAUUUAGUGAAAUAAAAGGUUUUGAUUUUUAAUAAUUUCGUAUGUUUACCAAUCAAAACUUUUAGUUGUACAUUUUAAUGCCACACUUCUAUGAGAGGGGCAUAAGGCAGUUGGAUUGUGUGUUUCUCAGUCUGUGGGUGUAAGCAGAUUUUUUUCUCAGUCAUUCACUUUGUCUUAUAUGGAUGGAUUUGCAAUUUCAUGGCAGAAAUGUAAAUCAUCUAAUUUUCUCUUUCACUUCGUUUGUCCGAAAAUAAAUAAAAUAUAAAAUUAAAAUAAAUUCUUUGCCUACUAGAAAACAUGUGACAACAAACAUUACAACUAACACCAAAUGUAGAAGGCACUCCGCUUUUAAUGUAGCCGUUUUACCAAGAGGUUUUAUGUAAGUAUACAAGUGCAUUUACAUAUCAUAGUUCUUGCCAAUUCAAAACCCAGGGACUAAAAAAAUCAUUCUUAACUAUGUAAAACACAAACAAAGCAUAAACUCGACAGCAACUCCAAAAUACACAUUAUUUCUUAAACUAGGAUGUGUAUAAAAUGCAACAUGACUCGCCCAGGAAAAAACAGAAAUAAAAACCCUUCAAAUGUCUAGGGAAAAGGCUCUGGAAACCUGUGCCCGUUUGUCAAAUGUUGUGUUGCCGAAUGUUGGUCCUCACCCAUACUAGUCCACUAGAAAAAAUACAAUCUUAUUAACACACCAAUCCAACAGCAUAAUUCUAUAUGAAAAAUGUACAUUUAAACCUGAAAAAUAAUAUUAUUCUAAAACUAAAAAUGAGUAUAUAAUUACUGUUUCAAAUAAAUUGAACCACAACGUGCAUUGUCUCCUGUAAGCGGACCUCGAAUGACGCUAUACUCACCAAAACUCACAAAAAUCCUGUGCAGUAGUAAACACGCAUGUUUAUUGAACUGUGAUGAAAAGAAUACAUGUAGCAAUUAUUUUCUCCCUCUUUGUUGGUCCGAAAUUAAAUAAAUUCUUUGCUUACUAGCAAACAAGUGACAACAAACAUUACAACAAACACCAAAUGUAGAAGGCGGUCCGCUUUACUCGAAUAAACAUAGAAGAAACUUUAAGUAUGUAAAUAACUUGUUAGCCAAACAUGAACAAACAAAUUAUCACAUCCCUAAACUUUUUGAUACUAUUGAUUUAUUUUCUACUCUGAAAUGAACAUAUCCAUCAACCAAUGCUUCAGAUUUCCAACGACCGUGCUUGGCUAACAAUUUACCAUCUGUGAUUUUUUCCGCUAUAAGCAGCACCGGAGGCUCAGCAGACUGUGAAGUCCGAACUGAGACUUCUCUUCCCCUAUGCCCUGAAUUGCUUCUAAAAGCAAUCUUUGGUUGAAAACCUUCUUGAUAACGUCUUGACACAGCCUCUCCGAAUCUUGCUGAAUGACAACGAAAAAACUGCGAAGACGGUUGAAUGCUGGAGGCGUCAUAGUCUUUGGACCUGCUGCUGAUGUCAUAAGGCCAUAAUUGUCAUAACCAGUUAGCACGUGCAAUAGCGCUGCAGAGUUUUGCAGCAUCUAUGUCAUUGUCAGCCAAAGGAUGCUCAUUGUACUUGCGUACUGUGUCCCAGCCAUGCUUGUCUGCUAUCUUCAGCAACUUCUUGCAUUGCAGCAGAGCUUGAACCUCUGACCUUAUAUAAAGCAUUGUUAAUCACAUAAUCUUCAAUCUUCCCCAUAUUGUUCACUCUCUUUGUAAUGAAGUUAAACUGGUGUUUUAAACCUUUUCUGAAUUGAAAAUCUUGAUUUGUGUUAUUAUUUGACGUGUUUCUGAAAGGAACGGCAAAAUGAUCAAAAAUUAAAUCUCUGCUUGUCCAAAGCUUUUCCUUCUUCCCUGCUGAGCAACGACUGCUCGACAGUUGAUGUAUUGCUGAAAUUCCCCGACAAAAUUUCUUGAUUUUCCAACAUUUUUCCAACACAAUACCAAACUUUCAAUAAAUAUAUUGAACCACAACGUGCAUUGUCUCCUGUACGCGGACCUCUAAUGACGCUAUACCUGCCAAAACUCACGAAAAUGGCAUGCAUUAGUAAACAUGCAUGUAAAUUGAACUGUGGCGAAAAAAUUAGCAAAUAAGAUGUGUUGCGUGUAACACCAGCCUCCCUAUCUCAAAGGUCAAGAUCGCACUCAAGGUUUUUUUUGGCCCUAUUUUAUUUUCAGCUAUGUCCCCAAUCCCAAAAAGUAUACUUUUUUCCCAAAAUGUGGCAAAAAAUUCCCAAUUUCCAAAAAAAAUUAAAUUUUUUUUUUUUUUUUUUUUCUUUUAGAAAGAAGUCUUAUGCGUAUUUUAUCUCAAUUUCAAUUCAAUUACAUCUAACAAAGUAUCAUAUGAUUUUGUUCUUUUAAUUUGAAUGAUUAUAAAGAGUUAUAUCAAAUUUAGUAUUUCCCUAAUCAGUGGACUUUUCAUGUGGAAAAAAAGGCCAAUGAAUUUAUUUUCCCAAUUUCAUGAAAAUGCCGAUAAAAUUCCCAAUUCCAAAGCCAUGGGCUAUCUUCCCAAACAGUGGGAAAAAAAACCUGGCACUUAAAGGUCCAUUUUCACCAUUAAACCAUUUCAAAAUUUCCUGCCUCAGCCUUAAGUUUGUCAUAUAAAAGUGGAUUUUGAAGUACAUGAAACAUUGAAAAUAUAUAGACCAUCAUUAGAGCUCAUGUUAUGUGUAAAAAUAUUCCCUCUAGUCUUCCACAAGGCGCUACACUUUGUACAAAUUACUGUCUCACUCAUAACUUUGCCAUAUAUUGAUGGAUAUUGAAAUUAUUUUUCACAACUGUCGACCAUCAAAAAGGCAAUGUGCCCUGUGGAACACCUGUCUUCAUACCUUAAAAGUCAUGGUCACACUUAUAGGUUAAAUUUUGCCAUAGCUGGACAUAACCAUGAAUCACCAUAAUGCAACACGUUUCACCAGUCUUUCUACCUUAAAUGUCAAGAAAUUUACACUUCAAGGUAAAGUUUGACCAGUAAACAGUAUUACCAUUCCUCUCUUAGCCAUAAUUUUGCCAUGUAUAUUGAUGGGUUGUGACAUUACUUGGAACAUUUGUUAACCAGCAUAGGACAAUUUAUUGAGCAUAGAACCUGUCUCCUUACCUCAAAUGUCUAGGUCACACUAAGAAAUGUUUGUCCUACUUUGACCUCAUUAUAUACCAUGUAAUGCAAAAUGAUCUUGAUGUUGCAAACAUUUGUUACUUCCAGUCCGUAGAAAAAUGGUUUAGUUCAUACACAGAUGUCUAGGUGAAAUGUUUGGACAGAAGUUUGUCAAGGCUGUUACUCGGGCAAUUUUAAAUAACUUGCACACACACUGUUUGAAAUUAUUUUGAGCAAGUUUCCAAAGUUACAACAGUACUGUACAAGUUAAUUAUCAGGUCAUUGCUGGGAUGACAAAUGACUAUUGUUAAUGAUUAGUUUAAAAAUGUUUGUAUGCCCCCGGUAGUGUGGCUUAUAGGGGUCGCACUGUCAAGUCUGGGUGUCUGUCAUUUUGUUUUCCGGAGGUUUUUUAUGCAACACUUUCAGAUAUGGAGCUGUAUGUUCCUCUACCUACAUGACCUACAAAUGAAGUGUGAAAUUCGUUCGAUUCUGUCGAUUUAGAUAGGGGCCUUGGACUGAUCCAAAUCUUUGCCUAGGGAAGUAGUAAGCUUUAAAGGGAGAUAAUUCUUAUUUGGCAGGUGCAAUGUCCAUUUUUGAUAAGUAGGUAAUAUUUUUUAAAGGAUAUAAUCUUAGGAGGAACUUUUCAGCGCUAUAUCUCUGUUUCAUGUAAGUAACCUUCUUGUACAACCCACUGGCUUGCCAAGCAGAAAACCUUAAGAUGUUUCCUGACCAUUCUUCGAUGUGCUAUUCAUAAGUGCCAAAAUACUCUGCUCAGAUGAGACCAGAGAAAGAGCAAGACAUAACUCUGAGCCAGCUGUUACAACUGCUCCUGCUGGGAAACAGAAAAGGCGCCAUAAUUCAGAACAAUCCAGACAGCAGAAAGAGACCACUCAUCUUGACCAGGUUCCUCAAAUGACAGUAGUGGAGGUAACAGCAACAGCUGCAUGGCAGGCCCCUUCUCCAGCUUCGGUCCAGGUUCCUCAAACGACAGUAGUGGAGGUAACAUCAACUGCUGAAUGACGGGUCCCUUCUCCAGCUUCAGUCCUGGUUCCUCAAACAACAGUAGUGGAGAUAGCACCAACUGCGGAAUGGCAGGCCCCUUCUUCAGCUUCGUUCCAGGUCAACUGCGGAAUGGCAGGCCCCUUCUCCAGCUUCAGUCCAGGUCCAUCAACCAGCUUAAGUGCAGGUCCCUUCACUGGCAACGUUCAAGCUUCAUUCAGUGGCAGCGAUCCAGGUCCCUCCUGCUGUUGAUGUUCAAACCCAUCCACUGACUGCAUGCCACACCCCUUUUUGAUUGCUACGGCCCUCCUCCUCCAACAGCCUUAAGGAUGUCCUUCAGCCAGAUGCUUGAGAGUGACCAUGAUAUGUAUGAGGUUAGUGUUACAAACCCUGAUGGAGCUUUCCACAGCUGUUGUCAAAUUGUGCAUCAGCUGCAGGCUCGACUUGAUGAAGUUGAGGCACAGCUAAUGCUUGGCAGAAUUCAGCAUCUGUUGGUAACACCAAGGCCUGUCCUUAAGCUCAGGGUAGAGGAGAAUACAGUGACACAUGGGCUCAACACACAGGCUCACAGGCUUUGCAGAACAACCUGAUCUCAAAUGAGAUCUUCCACGAGACAUGGCUUGUUAAGGCCAUUUUGAAGGCCAUGAUAGCAAUAUUCUGACGUGACCAGCUGGUGAACUGUUCUAUGAAGAGAGGAUCCACCACCCCAAAGGGAGAGAUACUUGAGGUCUCUUGAUUGCUGCGCCAUUGUUGAUGUCAUCUCCAAAAAAUUGUCGCUGCCCAUUGCAACAGUUGAAGAAAAAAUGAGAUGGGCUUUGAGGCGACUGCAUGAGAUAUACCGUGUACAGCAGUGAUGAGCAACUUUGUUGGGUUGAUAUAUAAUGUCAUCAUCCAGACAAGCGAGUGCUGGCAGAAGUGUCUCCAGAAUGAGGCGUGCCGCAGCGAGCGCAGUGGCCUCUUAUCAGGCUAUAUGGCGAACAGGCUGAUGUCUAUCUUACAGGACAUUAAUGAGAGGGCCGGAAGGCCUUUGACAAAAGACAUGACUGAAAGAAGGCUCACAUUGUUGGAACGCCAGGCUUCCCACCCUUGGCAACUGAGGACAUGAUGGAAAUCUCACAGUCAUCAGUUCCUGUUUUCGGAAUAGACCCUACUAGUUUGUCAAGUGGGAAGAGAACUACUCCUAUCAAGAGGAAACGACUAACUACAUAGGAAGCAGCCCUGAUGGACACACUCCCACCUGCAGCUCAAGCAACAGCCCCAGCAGCACACCCAGCAGCGGACACGGCAGCGGCCCUGAUGGACACACUCCCACCUGCAGCUCAAGCAACAGCCCCAGCAGCGGACACGGCAGCGGCCCUGAUGGACACACUCCCACCUGCAGCUCAAGCAACAGCCCCAGCAGCACACCCAGCAGCGGACACGGCAGCGGCCCUGAUGGACACACUCCCACCUGCAGCUCAAGCAACAGCCCCAGCAGCGGACACGGCAGCGGCCCUGAUGGACACACUCCCACCUGCAGCUCAAGCAACAGCCCCAGCAGCACACCCAGCAGCGGACACGGCAGCGGCCCUGAUGGACACACCUGCAACCCCACCUGUAGACAAAGCAACAGCCCCAGCAGCGGACACGGCAGCGGCCCUGAUGGACACACCUGCAACCCCACCUAUAGACAAAGCAACAGCCCCAGCAGCGGACACGGCAGCGGCCCUGAUGGACACACCUGCAACCCCACCUGUAGACAAAGCAACAGCCCCAGCAGCGCACCCAGCAGCGGACACGGCAGCCGCCCUGAUGGACACACCUUCAACCACACCUGUAGACAAAGCAACAGCCCCAGCAGCACACCCGGCAGCCGCCCUGAUGGUAGACAUUGCAGCAGCGGACACGGCAGCGGCCCCAGCAGUGAACCCCACAGUCAACCCUGCAGCACACCCCGCAGUGAACCCUGCAGCGGACCCGGCAGUGGACCCACAGAAUACAAUAGACCUCAUACGAGUGUUGCUUACUGAAAGCCUGUGGGAAAAUAGGAGUACACUUGCCUAUUUGGAAGAAACCCAUAUCAAAAUACAGAGGCGGAUAGACGAAAUGAGGUUUUCCAUAGAGACCAUUCAAUCUCAACUGAAAGCCAUUUGAGAUGCCCCAGUCUCCCACCCAUGCCGUUGUUAGUUAGUUUUUUAAGAUUUGUAACUUUGCAUUUGUUAUUGACGUCUUAAUUUACAUAUUUUUUAAUUAAAAUGUAUGUGUUUUGUUAAGUCAGUUUAUACUUGGUAGCAACUUUUUUUAUUAUUUGUUCAUGGGAAGCUAUAGUUCAUGAAAAAUGGCAAAAAGUUUUGCCUAUUGUUUGUUUAUUGAGUUUUGCUAACGCGUUGAUAUUGUUAUUCAUUACUUUUUCUUGUUGAAUUUGUUAAAUGAUUUUUUUUUUAGGGGGGGGGGGGGCUGUUACUGUAAUAAGCUUUUCAUUUUUGUCUGAUUAUUUCUCACUGUUAAGUUUUCUCAAUGAGUCGAUAUUGUUAAUUUAUUGUUGAUUUUUAACUCAAGUGUUGGAUUUAUUAUUCAUAUUUUGUUCUUGCGACUGGUUGUUAUGUAUCAAGUGUUAUAUUUUAUAUACCACAUGGAAUAAUAUAUUUUACAUAUUAUACAUUACAGUUCAGUUUCUAUUAUAUUAAUUAAGCUUUUUAUCCAAAAAAGGGAAUGUGGUUGCAGUAGUGAAAUGGAUUAAAAGUUGUCAAGUUAAACAACAAAUUACUUUUAGUAUCUUCAAAUGCAUAUAGUAUUAUGUAUUGGAUUCUCCAAUAGAAAAUUAUCUCUCAACAUUAUUAACUAGACCUUUCUAAUAAUUUUUGUAACACUGAACAGACAAUUCUAUUUUGAUAAUGUACAUCCAAAAUAAUAGUGUUCAAUUUUAGGAACAUGAAUUUAUGAAAACAAUCUUUCUUAUUAAAAUUAUUAAAGCUAGUUACCUUUGUGCAAAGAAUAAGACUCGGUUCAUGUGUUUAAAAUAAUUUUAAGUCAAUAAAAUAAUGUCAUGUU